AUGCAACGAACAACCACCACACGAAUCAAACCCAGCCACACUGAACGGGCCCCAGCGCUGCUCAACCUCCCUCCCACCAUGCCGCGGUUUAAUCGCCGUGAGCAGCUCCCGCUGCACAUCAAGCGCGCAUUAUGCGCGCAUCACGUCGAGCACCCCCUCCUGCGUCACGUAGAUCUCGCCCGCUGGGUUUACGCCCAGUAUGGCCUGCGACCUGACCGCUCCACGGUCGGCCGCAUCCUGAAGAAUGCCGAGCGUUGGGCUCUGGUCGAACCCACUGCCGCUAAUCAAGUGCGCUGUCGAGGUGGCGCAUGGCCUGAGCUUGAGCAGGCCAUGGCGCGCUGGAUCGCCAACGCUGGCCCCGCGGGCGUACCACUCACUCUGCAGACGAUCCGCGACCACGUGGCGACCAUGGCGCGCAACAUGGGCAUUCCGCCCGUGUUCCGUUGCUCCAUUGGCUGGGUUCGCCGUGCGUUGCGGCGCCAGGGAGUGCGAUGCCGUGCCGCCACCGGCGAGGCGGCGAGCGCCGACAUGGCUGCUGUGCGUGAAGCGCGUGAGAAGGUGCCGCAACUUCUUACUCACCUCGGCUACAAGCCGCGCGACACCUUCAAUCUUGACGAGACCGCGCUGUGGCUCUCUGUGCUGCCUCGGAAAACAUACAGCAACGCGCGGCUUCCCGGACGCAAGGUCUCAAAGGACCGGCUUACCGUGGCGUUUCUCGUUAACGCCGACGGGAGCCAUGUUUUCCGGCCGUUAGUCAUCAGCAAGGCGCGCCGUCCGCAUGACUUCCGGCCGGACUACGACCCCGAAGCCGUUUGCUACUGGCGGCACAACGCAAAGGGCUGGAUGACCAGCCCGCUCAAUGCCGCGAUGUAUGCCGAAGGGCGGCACAUCGCGGUGCUGCUCGACAAUGCAAGCUCCCACAUGCUGCGGGACGAGUGCGCGUGGAGCGAAAUCGUCUGCGGCAUGAGGACCACCUGCCUCAGCAACGUGCGCCUCAUCUUCCUGCCGCCAAACACAACCGCCUUCACGCAGCCCCUCGACCAGGGCAUAAUCGCGACCGCGAAGGCCCGCUACCGCCAGCACUGGCUGCGGGCCUUCACGGCACUGUGGAACGACGACGGCGCCACAAGCGCCGUCGCCCGCUGGCGCCCCAAUCUACGCGACGUGCUGGGGUGGCUCUCCGACGCCUGGAUGAGUGUCGGCGCGCGCACCAUCCAGAGGUGCUGGUGGCGCACGGGCUGCCUGCCUCUGUCGUGGUCCAUGGAGCUGACGCAUGUGCAUGAUGAUGAGCCGACCCCCCAUGCUUACCCCGACAUUGAGCUCGACGACGACAUCGACGACGUCGGCGAGCUCAUAAGCGGGCUCGGCCUCGGCACCGGCGCAAUGACCGCCGCCGAGUACGUCGCCAUCGAUGAGGGCGAGCCGACAUGCGCGGAGCCGGGGGCGGACCCGACUCCUGAUGAUGCGGACGUGGGCCUGAUCGCGGAGCUAUGGAGGGCGCCGACCACGAUGGAGGCGGUCUAUGACGACUCGGACCCCGUGGGCCGUGAAGCGCGGCGCACAGCACGGGCGGCCUGCGAGAUGCUCAUCGGCUAUGCUCGCGCCGUGAGCGUGACCCCGCGCGGCCUUUGCCACCUCUUCGACAUUCGUAACCCCAUCAUCAUCGAGCGCAUGGAGCGGGCAAGCCCCGCGCUCAAUCUCAACACGGCCCCGCCGCCAAGGCUUUCGCCUUUCGCAACUCCGCCGCCUGACACCCCGCGUCCGCGGGGCCGAGUGCUGCCUGGCUGGAUGACCCAGCCGUCCCGCCGUCAGCAGCUUCUGGACGGCGGGGUUGGCGCCGCGAUGGGCGGGUACGUGGAGGCGGCUGAGUGGAUGCACGUGUGA